AUGGCAUCUUUAUGCAACAAAAACCUCCCAUUUUUUCUCCUAGUAGCAUUGGUUGUCUUGACACAAGAUGCUGCUGCGUUUCUGACUGCAACACCUUCACAGCCAACGCCCUUCAGAACAGCAGCCACCACAAAUAAUCCGCAAUGCCACAGGACACUCCUGAAAAGCAGUAAUCGAGGCUUUGGGUCUCCAGAGAAGAAAGAGAAAAACACGCCAGCGACAUCUCCGGCUGGAGAUUUUGCCUAUCAAGAAAUGUUGGUUGUACUGAAUGCCAUGCAACAAGAGGGGGUCUCUUCCAAGACGAUGGAUCCCACCAAACGAAGAGAAUUGGAAGGAUACGUGGACACUGUACUGGCCAAUCGAAGGGAUCGAAGCUAUCCACUGCAAAAUAUUGGAACCGCCCUUCUACCAGCGUCGGAAUGGAAACUCAUGUUUAGCACUUCGGAUGCUGUCUUGGAGAGUUUACCCAACGAAGCCACCGUCUUUUUGAAGAUUUUGGAUGAAGAAAACUUGGAUUACAUUCUCAAAUUCCCCCAAAAGACGUUGGGUCUGGACUCGCUGACGGCAAAAUGCAAGUACACCUUUGAUUCUGGCCCAGUUCAGCCAGGUUUGUUCACAUUUGAAUAUGAAAAGAUCACCACCAAUAUGCUUGGUUUCCAAAAUGUUGGAGUCGGGUUGUUUGGGAUGCUCAAAGGAAGAGUCAACUGUGUUGAAAGUGCCUACUUUGAUGGGACCUUCUGGAUCGAAAAGGGCUUCACAGACGAUGGCAUGUUCGUCAACGUUUACAUGCGGGUGGAUGAAUAA